AGACUGUAUUUAGCGUAUAAAUAUCAGGCGCAGAAACAUUAAAGCCAUAACAUUUCAGAGAGCAAGUUCAUCAUGAAGGUGUUGUUGGCUAUCACGCUCUGUCUUGCAACAUGCAUAUCCCUGACAAAGGGAAGGUCGCUCCGCAGCAGUGAAUUCGAUGACAGUCUUGAAGGUCUGGAGGACACCAUUGUCCCUCUGGGGGACGAGCCAGCCAACUACAGAGCCAAGCGCUCUGUGAUGAGGAAGCCAACAGCGCUGUCGGAGAUCAUGGGGCCCCUCAGCCGACGCCAUGCACGAGAUCUCACGGAGUUUCAGAGAAGUGACGAGGUAUACUAUCGCAUGCGCAGUCUGCUGUCUAUUCUCAAAAUCCUGAUCGGGAGGGAGCCUAAAAUUGAGAUUUACCACUACGUCAACUGGGACAAAACCAUCAACAUCGACAACCUCUUCUACACCAGACCUACCAGCAUCUACCAGGUCAGACGCAUCAUCCUGGUGGCUAGGCAUCUGGGCAUGCGCGUUAGGGCGACUGGGGCCGGACAUAGCCGAUCACCUCUGUAUGUUGACGAAGGCAACAUCAUGAUGGAUGUCCGAGAUCUGGAGAGACAUGAUGGGCCCCGGAUGCAGAUCAACCCCGAGAACAACAUCCGGAACUACAAGACGUUGACAGCGAUGACUGGCGUAUAUGAAUACGAUCUGAAUGAGUUCAUGGUCCGGAAUGACGUCACAAUGCUGUCACAGCCACUCAACGUGAACGAGACAUUUGGAGGGAUGGUCGCCGCAGCCACACACGGGUCGACGUGGAGCGCCCCGACCUACAGUGGGUACGUGAGGGAGCUGCGAUUGAUGGACUCCAGUGGCCGACUCCGGCGGUUCACCAUAGAGAGGCACCCGGAACUGAUGAAAGCCGUCAUCUGUAACCUGGGGAUGUUCGGCAUCAUGUACGACAUCACCAUACAGGUAUACCCCACCCUGAUAGCCAAAGUACACAACCAGUUCGUUCCCCUCGACUCUAUCAUCUACAACCACACAGCCCUGCGCGACACCGUCACCGGCAACUUCCUCACGGAGAUUUCCUGGUUCCCCUUCAACUCCGUCACGGACGCUGAGGCCGAAGACUACAGGAAGGACGGCACAAUACCGACUGCCUGGAACGCCAAGCGGGACUUCAUCUGGCUUAGAUCUAUCACCAUCGUCAGCGAGGCUGAGCUCGGAGGAAGACCCCUAGAGCCCACCCACUUCCUCCCCACUAAAGGGUCACUGUCCGGAGGCAGUGAGAAAAGCCUUCUCCGAGGAAGGGAGGCCGUGGCCAUUGCUAAACGUGUCCCGACCGUCAGCUACCACCAUCUUGUCAACGCAUUUCCCGUCAUACUCCCGCCAAGAUGGGGGACAGAAACCAGCGCCGCCUUCAUGCUCAACAUAGAUAACCAGUUCACCAGAGCGGCAGCAGCCUUACAGUUCAUCAUCGAGGAGGCCGAGAAUCAGAUCAAGGCUAACGGCUCCACCCCACUGAACGCCCUCCUUCCCCGCUUCUUCGAGAACUCGGACUGCGACCUCUGCCCCGGCAACUACGACAUCUCCCAGCCCGACGACAGUAACCGCACCCUCGUCAUCGACUUCCUGGCUCCCCCUGCACAGUACGGCUUCUACCCCACCGCCAGGAAGUUUGUUGACCAUUUCCGCGACCAGAAGGUCAGACCCCACUGGGGAAAACGCCACGACAACAUUCCCGGCAUCAUUGACCACAUCAAACUCGUCUACGGUGACAAUCUGGACCACUUCCAAAGGAUGCGGAAACUGGCACAGGUGGACCCUUGUGACAUGUUCAUGAACACCUACCUCAUCGAGAUCUUCGGAAGGAGCGGAAACUGGUGGUGCGCUUAACCCGUGGACACGCACUACGCAUGCGUCAUUCCAUCACGAUUCUUAAACCAUUACUGCCGCCAUUCCGUAGACUGAUAGGAACCGAAUGUCAGAUUCAUACACAAAUGGUGACGGAAAUCGCAGGUUAAAACACAUAUGCGAAUGAGUUCAUGGUAUUCGAGACAUUUUGCUUUUCCCCACAACUUUUAAUCUAUAAUUACCUUCUACUUCGAAAAAUGGUGUCACGUGACGUGACGUGACGUCAAGGUUAACGCGACGAAUAGUUGGUAUGUACUUUCACAAUAAGUUUCCAUUUGCCAACUGACCCUGUACCAGGAAGUCAAAAUUACGUUUGUAAUUUGAAACAAGAGACGAACAUGUAGUCACUUCGAGUUAACAACAAUCUUCGGGUUAACCGGAGACGAUAUCGGGGAAGAGGGUACAUCCUUCCUAAACACAGGACAGUUUCAGUUGACACAGAUUCGUAUUUUCCUCAGGUAAAUUGUGAUAUGUAACUUUAAUGUUAUGUUUCAAGCGAGAUAUUUCGCUUUUAUAGAGUCCCAAACAAUUGGAUGAGAUGACUGUUAUAUUUGUACAAGACUGUAGAGGAAUUUAUACCAAAGUCAGUUUGAGCUGUUAUAUUUGUACAAGAAUGUAGAUGAAUUUAUACCACAGUCAGUUUGAGCUGUUAUAUUUGUACAAGACUGUAGUGGAAUUUAUACCACAGUCAGUUUGAGCUGUUAUAUUUGUACAUUUGUAAAGGAAUUUUUUUUAUAUAUAUACCACAGUCAGUUUGAGCUGUCUCGGUGUUUGUAUGUAGACAUGUCACGGUGUUAUAUCCAAAGCGUUACGACGGUCGUAUGUCUUCGUUAAAAACACGGGAGUCACAAUCACAUCGCAUUUGGAUCGCUUUGAAGAAUGUGGCGGCUCACAAUACCUUUACAUGAGUUAUCUCCCUUUGGUCAUUUAACCCGAUGAAGGAAAACUCAACUUAUCGAUUUUUGCCAACGCUAUGACAGGCAUGAGGGGAUGAUAAAAAAAUUACCGAGAAAUUAUUUUUAUGACAUAUAUCUCUUUUGGUAAGGAACAGCGUUAUCACACAGACGAUGCAGUAUUGCUUUAGAACAUUAAACACGUUUUAUAUUAUUAAUCUUCCCGAUAAUGUUGAACUAUUCUGCUCAUUCUCGCGUUUUCCCGCUUUGCCUCAGCAUGGGCCGUCGUUUAAUGGUCAGUAACGCUUUAUUUGUAUCCUUGUUACGUCGUGGACGUUGUUUAAAUAUGUGCUGCUUAUAACUGCUCCAACACCAGUUUAGUCCUGGUUUUCAAACCCAACAGAAUUUUAUUGGUGAUGAAGGGC